UAUAGUGGUGCUGCCGCCUGUAUGGCUGUUUGCUUCAGUAGGUCCAGCACUCACAACGUGACAAAACAUCAACUAACUUGUACAGCACACCCUUUGGAUCAAACAAAAUAUCGAAUGCAGGUGUUAAAGUCAAACUCUUCUAUGCUCAAUGUUUUAUACAGAUUUGCAGCAAGAGAUGACAAACUUAGAGGAUACACAGGCAAGCCAUUAUCAGUUACACAAAAUAUCGCUUGCGCAGGUGUCGCAGGCGGUGUUGCAGGACUGGUUGGCAAUCCAGCUGAAGUUGUUCUUGUCCGUAUGUGUGCAGAUGGCGCCAAGGCACCUGGACAACAAUUUGGAUAUAAUCACGCUGUCGAUGCUUUGACUAGAAUCUACAGUGAAGAGGGCAUGAGAGCAUUCUGGAAGGGUCUUGCUCCCAAUAUUGCGAGAAGUGCUUUGAUGAAUGUCUCUCAGAUUGCUACAUAUGCAUCUGCCAAACAAUAUCUUGUUGCCAACGGCUUUGGAGACGACGUGAAAACCCAUGCCAUUUCAUCCCUGGCAGCCGGAACAAUGGCGACAACCAUCUGCGCCCCCGCCGACGUCCUCAAAAGCCGAAUGCAAUCCAACGCCGGCAAAGAAGGUCUAGCACAAGUUCUCAGAGCCGGUCUUCGCGAAGAAGGCCCUCGGUUCCUCAUGAGAGGCUGGACACCUGCUUGGCUAAGACUUACGCCAAUAUAG